CUCAAUAUUUUUUAGGUUCAUCAGCUCUCAAUUUAGCAAAAGUUAUCGUUAAAAGUUGUUUAAAAUAUUAUUUGGUUUUUUCAUUAAAUUUCUGGUUUUAUAAAUCCUUUGCAAUAUUUUUAAAAUGACUUCAAAAUUUAUUUGUGUUUUAUUAUUUGGGUUAUUCAUCAAUUAUGUUUAUGCUGAUGAAGUCGAGACCCUUACAGUUGAUGUAACCGAAGUGGGUGAUACGUUUGUAUCAAUGAAUAUAAUCGCACCUUCACAUUUGAAUUACACUUACUUCGAAGGAAUUAAUGUUCAAUAUUUACUCCAAGGAGGUGAAAAACAAGAAGAGCUUAUUGCAGUAAAUGACAGACGUAAAGUCAAAAACAUAAGAGUCAACCAUCUUGAACCGAAUAGUCAUUACAUUUUAAAUGUUUCUGCUAAAUAUGGCGAUGUAUAUUUGGCCAACUCUAAAGGAGAUAUUGAAGUUACCAUGAAGGCUGCAGCACCGAAAAGUGCUCUAGUAAAAGAGAUCAAAUUACAACUGAAUGGACAAAAUGUUGCCACUUAUCACAUCCAAGUAGAUCGGAUAAUUGGAAUCAAUAAAUUAGUAAAUUGUGUAAGUGCAACAGUAGAAGUUUCAUACAGCGAUGUUUUCACUCUUAAUUUGGUUUAUGGUGAACGGUAUUCAGUAAAAACAUGGUACGUUGAUACAGAUGGUAGAGAGUCAGCCACGGUCACUUCUUACUAUGUUUAAUUUACGUUGGUUUAACCUUUUCUUGUGAACAAAAUUCUGGAUUGAAAAUAGAAAAUUAAAGUUAAAGAUUCAAAACAAAAUAA